AUGCCAGGCAGCGUCACGGCCACAGUGCGCGGAAGGGAGCACGACGCGCUCACCACCAGCAUCCUAAGGGACACCGACAUCCUGUACGUGACCCGAGUUCAGAAAGAGCGAUUCGACAGCGUGGAUGAUUACGACAAGGUGAAGGACGCGUUUGUCAUCACGCCAGAGACGCUCUCACACAUGAAGACCACAGCCAGGGUCAUGCACCCCCUCCCGCGUGUCGGGGAGAUCGACGCCGCGUGCGACGCCGAUCCGCGAGCUGCAUAUUUCCGGCAGAUGAAGAAUGGCAUGUACGUGCGAAUGGCCCUUUUGCGUCUCACAGUGGGUUGA